AUGUCUGAGGACGAGGAUACUGACGAUGAUGACUACAUGCCAUCAGCAAGCGAACCCGAGAACGAGGCGGAACUGAUGAGCGAUAUUGAAGCGACUGACGACGAAGUCGCCAACCUCCAGCGUGAACAGGAGGAACAUCCAGCACACAUGACUUUUGACAAUGGUGAUAGCAACACCAACGACAACACCACGGUAGCUUCUCCCGCAAAUUAUAAUGAUUCUACGGCUCGCCACCAAAAAUUGUUAUAA